GCAUUGGACAUGGCUGUUUAAAUACCCCAUGAAUUAACAGCAUUAUUCCAUAGGGGAAAAAAGCUUUAUAGUCGACGGGGUGUAAGCAGGGACACUAUGGCUUGCACUGUAUGGUUCUUAUGUGGGUUUUAGGCUUAUUAUCACCAGGCAACUGUGAAGCCCAACUGCAUACCGUCAGAAAAUAGGUUCAGUGAAUAAUUUCAACUGAUUAUAAAUAGCAUUCUUCUCGCAACAGGACACUAUUCUUACGGGUUGCUUUAAUAAUACAACAUCUGAACGAGCGCGUGGAGGCACCUGGGACUGAAGCUCACACAGACACAUGCACGCCGCGCGCUCCACUGGAUCCGCGCGCUGGCAAUGAGGAGGACCUUAUCCCGAGACUGACCAAAUCCAGCCGAUUUCCAACGGUCCCGGCCAUCAGUGUGGCUUCAAUUCAGAGGUGAAUUGCACACACUAAAAUGACCCAACCUUCGGCACAGUCCACCAUGGAGCUGGAGAAGAGCUGCAGUAGGAUAUCUAAAAAGAGCAUGAUCACCAAAAUCUUUAAAGUUCGCAAAAGGAGAGAGAUGCUGUUCGUGCAGGUGUGCUUCAUAUGCAGCGUCCUGUCCGUGGCGUGGUGCAUGUCAGCUUUGCUCACAAAAACAGGUCAUGGGCUGGUGCUUCAGGAGGGGUUUGAUGCACCCAAAGAUCAUCUGGGCAGAAGACUUCUGGCCACAGUAGGAGACAAUGAGACAGAGGAGAAGAACUGCACAGAGCCAGCCAUCCAUGAGUUUCCCGAGGAUGUGUUCACCAACCGACAGCGUAAGCAAGGAGCUGUACUUCUGCACAUAUUUGCGGCUCUAUAUAUGUUUCUGGCCCUUGCCAUUGUCUGUGAUGACUACUUUGUGACUUCUCUAGAGAAGAUUUGUGAGAAACUGCACAUGAGUGAAGAUGUAGCAGGAGCGACCUUCAUGGCAGCCGGAAGCUCCGCUCCCGAGCUGUUUGCUUCUAUAAUUGGUGUAUUUAUUACACAUGGAGAUGUAGGGGUGGGCACCAUUGUAGGCUCAGCCGUGUUUAACAUCCUGUGCAUCAUCGGUGUCUGUGGGAUAUUCGCUGGACAGGUUGUUUUUCUGACCAAGUUUGCCGUGUUCAGAGACUCCAUCUACUACACUUUUUCGGUGGUCGCGCUUAUUGCAUUUAUUUAUGAUGAGAAGAUUGUGUGGUGGGAGAGUCUGGUGCUGAUCAUCAUGUAUGUUGGCUACAUCAUCAUCAUGAAGUUUAACACUAGCAUGCAAAACUACUUUGCUGGGAAGGAGGAUAAGAGUGUCGCCAACGGUAACACGGUCAUCAGCGAGAUGGAAGAUGGUAAUGCAUGUUAUGAGCAGUUUUGGGAUGAUCCAUCCUGGCCGUUACUCAGUCGAGUAAAGCCUAGUAAAACAUACACUCGGGGGUCUGUGGUGAUGGUGGAUGAGAUGAUAAAUUCUAGUCCUCCGCACUAUCGCUUCCCUGAAGCCGGCCUGAGGGUUAUGAUCACCAACCACUUUGGACCCAAGACACGUCUGCGCAUGGCAAGCCGCCUCAUCAUAAACGAGCAACAGCGGCUAGUGAAGAUGGCUAAUGGUGUGGACGCAGUGCUGGUGGCUGAUAAGACAGCUAACACUAUGGAAAAUGGCAAUGUAAUGGAGGACAAGCUCACUGAGGAGCCGGAGAAUGAGAUGUCAUCUCCCUUCAGCCUUCCUGGGGGCUGUAUGGAUAGAGUCAAGUUUUUCAUCUCCUGGCCUAUUUUGGUUCUGCUAUACUUUACCGUGCCCAACUGUGCCAAGCCACGCUGGGAACACCUCUUCAUGCUGUCCUUCUUCCUCUCUACACUGUGGAUAGCCAUCUUCUCCUACUUCAUGGUGUGGAUGGUCACAGUCAUUGGAUAUACACUUGGAAUCCCAGAUGUUAUAAUGGGUAUCACCUUCCUGGCUGCUGGCACCAGUGUUCCAGAUUGCAUAGCAAGUCUCAUUGUUGCACGGCAAGGCCUGGGGGACAUGGCUGUCUCCAACACAAUUGGCAGUAAUGUCUUUGAUAUCCUGGUUGGACUUGGCGUUCCCUGGGGCAUCCAGACAAUGGCUGUCAACUAUGGCUCUGUGGUUCAGAUCAACAGUAGAGGAUUGGUUUACUCUGUGGUGCUGCUACUGGGCUCGGUGGCUUUAACGGUGUUGGGCAUCCAUGUGAACAGGUGGAAGUUGGACUUUAAGCUGGGAAUGUAUGUGCUUGUGUUGUAUGCCAUCUUCCUGUGCUUUUCCAUCAUGAUUGAAUACAACAUCUUCACUUUUGUCAACCUGCCCAUGUGUCAAGAGGAUCUGUAAGGCCAGAGGAUUUCCACUGGCUUGGAACCAAAUUACCUCCGGGUUGGACCAACACCCACACAACACACCCAAAAUCCCCAAUGAAUGUCCUGUUAAUGCAAUUUCUCAAAAACAUUAAAUCUCACUACUGAGGGGCAACAAAACCAUCGUCUCCUACUUGCAUAUCCUCACCACUGUGGCUCAGAAGGUGUAACUGUAUUUCCAAGAAAAACUGGUGCUUCAAACUUCUCUACAUUAGUUCCAAGAAAUGACAUUCUCCUCGGCAGCCCUGUUUAUAACGGGAUAUUCUUCUGAACCUCAGACAAUUGUGGUGCACCCUUCUAAUGUUUUUUCUGGAUUAUUCAGUACAGGGAUUUCAAACGACACAAUUACAUCACAAACUGCACAUAUACACCAAUGACAGAAUGUUGCUCAUUCACAUAUGCAUUAGCAAUCUACAUUCUCCAAUUUCUAUCUUCCUUUAGACUGUAUGACAUGAACAUAUAUGUAAUGCACUUUAUAUAUGGCAUACAACAUCUAUAUCAUACUAAUUUAUGUCCUCCAGUAUGGAAACAUUUAAGUACGCUCUUGAUGUGGUGCAAUAAAGAGAGGGGAAUGAUAUUAAAUGACUGCCCACGGGCAAAAGAUUUCUUCAGCUUGUUACACACAGAGAUUUUUGAGAAAUGAAAGGCUUACAUCAUAUUACAGAAUAACAGAUGUGGAACAUAUUCUAUAUAGAUCAUGCAACAGGAUGAGAUCUUAUGGAAUUCUAAUGAGCUGGACGAUAUAUAGCCUGCUGGAAGAGAGGCCAUCAAGAGGGGAGCAGCUUCUAACACAUUGGAAUUGAAGCUGUGCAGUUGGACACGUUUUGAUUUCCCAUUUAUAAUUAGAUGCACCCUGCAUUAACUAAUUAAGUCUAACCAAUCAUGAAAGCACACAUCACACGCUGCUACUCACCUCUUUCUCAGCCCAGAGCAGACAACUCUCAGGAGAGCGAUUUUUAUUGCUUGUUUUGUGGUGUGGAAGACUGAUAACUGCAGCUGCUUUAAUAUUUCGCACAACAUACAGUCUAGAUUACAAACAGGGAUCCUGGAUUUUUGAAAACAUGCUACAAAUCAAUGCAUCUGUUGUUUAUAUGUAAAUACGACAUCAAUUAUCCUGUUUAAAACAGUGCUUCCUUAAAGAUGAUGGGAGGGGGGUGGAUUUACAUGCGUGACCCAAGCGGUUACUUUUUCUUUAUUUACAAUGCACCCUGACCUCACACUCUGGACCUUUUAUUACUGUUUGUGUGUAAUGCAUGAUUUGGCACAAAGAAGCCAUUUUUCAAAAGGGCGUAAGCUGUGUGAGCUCACCGUCAAUGUCCCUGCAAGGGUAAAUCUCACAAAAAAAAAAGUGUCCAAGUCAUAUUUACAUAGGGAAUUAUAUUUUGCAUAAAGAAAAUGAAACCUGUAUUUAGGGCUAUUAAGAUUUUCUGCAUUUUUACAUUAUUUUAGUGACAAUUAAGCACAUUUCCCACCCAAGUUCUCAUUACGGUAAUAUUGGUAUUUUUAAUUGGUAUAAAAGGCAUUACAACAAAUACUAACAUGAUGUAUAAAAACUACAAUUGAAAUAAUAUAUCACUGUUUUUCAGCAUUAAAGUAAUGAUCAGAUUUUUUUUAUGAUGGUAAUGCAAAUUGGGGUAGGGCUGGUUAAAGGAAGAGUUCACCAAAAAUGUAAGUUCUCUCAUCAUUUACUCACCGUCAUGCCAUCCCAGAUGUGUAUGACUUUCAUUUUUCUGCAGAACACAAAUGAAGAUUUUUUAGAAGAAUGUU